UUUCAGCACAGCAGGGGAUCCUAUCCCCCAUAUAGCUCGAUCUCUACCCAGUGUCAUCUUGCGUUUGACCUUAGCGGCGUUUUUGAAAUAUAAAUAAGAUCGGAGGAGUACAAGAAGCAUAUCGUUGCAGGAACAUGCUUUAAAUGCGGUUUGAAGUUCGGCCCAACCCGUAAGUUUAGGACAAACGACGUCUGCAGACGUUUCGCCUCACUCUUGCAUCUCCGCUGAUUCUUGUUUUGGGACUCAAAUGCGAGUAUGGAAGCCGAUAAGGGGAUAAAAUUGGAAGACCAGGAAACUGGGAACUGUUUUAGUAGUGGAGUAGGUUUGAAGAGAGAGUACGGGGAUUGCAUUGGAUGUUUUGAUUUGCAAGAUAAAAUUAAAAAAGCCAACGAAAAAUGUGCAUUUCUGGAAUCAGAUAUUGGAAUGAAAGACACUGUGAUUGACCGUCUAGGGCUUAAGGCUGGCUUUAUGGAACUAGAAAAUAUCGAAUUUCGGGAUGAGGUUAAAAAGUUGAAACAGAAGAAUGAAGAUCUUGAAAAGAUCAUUCGAGAUGGUGCGGAGAAGGAAAAGUUUGCAGUUUUGAUGAAUGAGAAUAAGGAUUUGGUGUGUGAGAAGAGAAAAUCUGAAAGUGACCUCGAGUUGUGGAAGUUAAAAUGUAAAGAAAUAGAGGCUCGAGUGAUGGAGUUGGAGAAGAAACUAGCCGUUGGAACAACGAAGGAGGGUCUAGACUGGCAAGAGAUGUGUUCGGGGAAGAUGGAUGAUCAUCAAGGUGGUUCACUAUCUGGAUUUAAUGUAGAAGGUGGGGCUGCAACUGACAAUCAAGUAAAUUGUGGCACACCACCAGUUAGCUACCCGUCUUAUCGUUAUGCAUAUACGGAUGGAUCAAAGGGAGCGACGAUGAUCUUGACAUUGUCCAUGUAUCUUUACCUGAUGUUGAUUGCAACAAAAGGAGGAAGGUCCAGAGGUCAAGCGUUGUUGUAUUAGAAUCUGAUGAUGGAGCGGAGUUGCCCUCGAAAAAUAUGCAUGAGCCAACUGCUGAACAUCAGAGCGAUGAAGAGGAAACUAACUGCUCUACUGCUGGACAACCAUUUCGGAUGCAUAAAAGGAGGAAAUUUAGGAGUGCUCAAAUUGUUACUAGUGAGAGUGAAAGUGAUGAUAGUAUCCCACUUUCUAAACUGGCACACCGUCCUGAUACUCAGCACAGGAGAAGAUUUGUUAAUGAUUCUUGUUCUAAGAACAAUCUCAGAAAAGUCACUCCCAGACGACGUUCGCUGAGGGUGGGAGAUAGGAAAGAUAACAGUGUUAGAGGUAAAUGUUCUCCGAGGAGGUCUGGAAACCAGGGUGAUCUAGGGAAACCAGUUUGAAUCAGAUAUGCUUGCCGAUUUUGGCAAGUCGGCUGAACUGUGUAUGAAGGCGGUUUGUGCACUGUAUUGCCAGCAAACAUCUUACGAGCAAUCUGCUAAAGCAGCCAUAGUUCGCAAUGGACGAGGGUUUAGCCACACUCAUGCAUCAAGUGGCAGUGCCUUAGCUGAAUUUCUUACUGAUGGCGAUCCCCUCACUGACAUGAACAAGAAAGUGCGACAGCUCCGGAACUUCAAUCAAAGGGGUGUUGAGCAGUGCCGGAAAUUGGCAAAUCACUACUCUAAACAGUUGUUCGAAAUCUACAAGAAUGAAGAGGAUCCCUUCUUUCAACUGACUGGCUUGAACAAGAUUACACGAAGCGGUUGCAUCCACUCUAUUUGAAAACUCAGGUUUUUGGUAAUCUUCAAUGUAUAUAAUGCCUCUUUUAGUGUUUUUGGUUAGUCUGAUAGUGAAUUAUGUGCCAUGACAUGGGCCUAUUCAAGAUUUAUUAGGGUUAUAUGAAGCUAAUGGGAUUAGGCCUAAUCUUGAGGCCAAUGGUAUUGAAUUGUGUUUAUUUUUUUGUGACAUAUAAUCGUAUUAGUUGUCAAGAUUUA